AUGGUGCGCCCAGAACGCAGCAGCCGACAUGUGGAGCGGGUUGCGUGGCGCCAUGAUAAAGAAGCGCUCUCAACUAGACGAAGCUUUGACAUCGUUUGGUGGGAGGCUCGAAUAGCGAUCGUGCCGAGCUGGAUGGGGCCGCGUGUUGGUGUGCUAGGCUGUUCUUCUAUGCAUUUCUUGAGAUCAUUGGAUGGGAAUGCGUGUGGCCUUUAAUUAAUAUGCUAGACCCUCUAGGCCUUUCAGCAUCAGCUCGGCAGUAGAAGUGAUAACUUAACGAAAAAAUAAUUAUGCUAUGACUCUGAUACUAAUUCGAAGUAUUCGUCUACAUUAUCGACGACCUCUAAAGACAAAUGAAGUCUGACUCUGGUGGCGCUGACCUUGUUCCCACAAGGAAUAUUGUUUGUAGUCUGUUUUUCAUUUUGGCAGGAAUAAACAAGGCAGACGACAAAUGACGCCAGUAUGUAGCGCGAUAAGUCGGCUCUACAUGAUACACAUCGC